GCGGGGUAUGCGAACACAAAUUGUUAACUGAUUCGGACCCGAAUUGGUCGGCUGCGAUUUAGAGGAGAAGAAAAACUGCUGGUCCUCGUUUAGGAAAGGAAUGUGAGUCCCGGCAGAAAAUUGGAAAUCGACGCGCACCCCUUUGACGUGGCGCUACGGCAGCGCAAGCGACGUCGUUUUGAGCGAAGUCAGUUUCAAUCGCAUCGUCUUGCUACUACUGUUUUGUCCAUGUGUUUGAAAAAAGCUCAUCUCUGCCCUCGAGAUUCUCUCUCUUUUUGCAUCACUCUCUGUAGUUGUCAAUGCAGUCCAGCCUAAAGGGUAUACUCCGUAACCAAUAAUAUCCAUGGCAUAAAGGGAAAGUUAUCGGAAGAAAGGCUACAUAUAUUGGAUUAGAAUAAAAUCUACGCCACCUUCCUCGCCGGAAACCUGAACUUGUCCGAUGUCAUCGUCGGAUGAUCCGGCUGGUGGGUUUUCUCCGCCGCCAAUGCUGUUGCCGGGUGGCUCGACUAGUCCCGGCAACGCCACAUUCGCUCCGCCGGCCACCAACAGCUCGCCUUCUUCAGGAAGUCAGCCGGCCUCCCCGCAGGCAUCGGAUAGCAACCAAGUCAGGACUGCCCUCUGUAUUGGAAUAGGCAUAGGCGGAGUGUUUAUGCUCAUCUGCGUGGGCAUUUUCGUCUUUUGGUACAAGACGAGAAAGAGGUGUCGUGAAUCUCAUUAUAAUGAGAAAGGCCUCAAAGCUUCACCAUCUGGCCAGAAACUGGGAAUGCAACGAAAGCAGUCUCCUCAAACUGUCAAUAAAUCAAAAUGGUCUACGAAUUCGCCAAGACUUUCCACUGGAAGUAGCUCGAAACCCACUUUCACGUAUGAAGAAUUAGCACUUGCAAGUGAUCACUUCUCCGAUUCUAACCUUCUUGGACAGGGAGGAUUUGGAUAUGUUCAUAAAGGAGUGCUUGGUGAUGGAAGAGAGGUUGCAAUUAAAAAGCUUAAAGUUGGGAGUGGGCAGGGGGAGAGAGAAUUUCAAGCAGAGGUGGAAAUCAUUAGUCGGGUUAAUCAUUUGCACCUUGUUUCACUGGUGGGUCACUGCAUUUCUGGGUCUCAGAGGUUGCUAGUAUAUGAGUUUGUUCCAAACAAAACUUUGGAGUUUCACUUACAUGGGAAGGGGUUGCCUCCAAUGAGCUGGGAGAUAAGGAUGAGAAUUGCUUUAGGUUCUGCAAAAGGAUUGGCUUAUUUGCAUGAAGACUGUCAUCCUAUGAUCAUUCAUCGAGAUAUCAAGGCUUCCAAUAUUCUACUAGACAAUGAUUUUGAGCCUAAGGUGGCAGACUUUGGUCUUGCUAGAUUGAAUCCUGAUGCAGACACUCACGUCUCCACACGAGUAAUGGGAACUUUUGGAUAUUUAGCUCCUGAGUAUGCUCUUACAGGGAAACUGACUGAAAAAUCAGAUGUAUUUUCCUUUGGAGUCAUGCUUUUGGAGCUGAUCACUGGCCGAAGACCACUUGAUAAAUCUCAAUACUACCUUGAUGACAACAUUGUUGAUUGGGCAAGACCCCUACUUUCACAAGCAUUGGAUGAUGGAAAUUUCGAUUCUCUCGCGGAUCCAAAGUUAAUGAAUAAUUAUGAUUCAUCGGAGAUGAACCGAAUGAUUACUUGUGCUGCUGUUUGUGUGCGCCAUUUGUCACGAAGACGGCCACGGAUGGGUCAGGUAGUCGAGGCUUUAGAAGGGAAGCUAGCAUUGGAUGAGUUAAACGGGGGAGUUAGACCGGGACACAGUUCGAUUCAAGAACCUUUUGGAAGCUCAGAUUAUGACACGGCACAGUACAAAGAAGACCUGAUAAAGUUCAGGAAAAUGGCAUUGACACAUGCGUCAAGUGACUGCAGCGGGCCUACCAGCGAGUUUGGGCCUCAACCAUCUGGCUCAAGUAGUGAAAGUGGCUUAAGAACAACACCACCUACUAUUGGAAAUCGGGCGGCGGUAGUUGAAGAAACCAUAAAUAUAGAAAUUCAAUAGGCUUGGUCCAGAAACAUCAUUAUCAAAAUGACUAACUUUUGGAUAUAAUUUCUUGAUGCCAUUCUGUUAAUAGUUUCUCCAGGUAGGCAGUAUUGGAUUUCUACAACUAUUUGGUUGUUCCUAAUUAUUAUUUGAACCUUCAAUUCGGAUCCAAUGUAAUCAAUAUGUCUGACCUAAAGAUCUCCCUUGAAAAUUACAGAGUAUUUUUUUAGAACCGUUUGAGUGAAUGAUAAAUGGUAGUAUGGUACUAUCUUGACUUUGAGUUUUUUAGUGACAAGUAUUCUCUUUGUAUA